UAUAGCAGUAGGGGUCGCCACAGGGAAUCAAAAUCACUGUGGUGUUUUGGUAGAGGAAAAAGGAUAUCGCCAUUCAUCAAAAUCAAAUCUCUUUCUGGACAUCGCGUUCGGACCCAGUGCUUUGGUAUUACCAGUUUUUGCCCCAUUCAAAUUUAUUGGCGUGAAGCUUAGUAAAGUUACCAAGCAGCAAAAUAAUGCAGGCAUCUAGAGCAAGGCUAUUCAAGGAAUUCAAAGAGGUGCAACGAGAGAAAGUAGCUGACCCAGAUAUUCAACUUUCUUGUGAUGAUAAUAACAUAUUUAAGUGGACCGCUCUUGUCAAGGGACCAUCAGAGACUCCAUUUGAAGGUGGGAUAUUUCAACUUGCUUUUGCAGUCCCCGAGCAGUAUCCUUUACAACCUCCUCAAGUGAGGUUCUUAACCAAGAUUUUUCAUCCGAAUGUUCACUUUAAGACGGGAGAGAUUUGCCUUGAUAUCUUGAAGAAUGCAUGGAGCCCUGCGUGGACACUCCAAUCUGUUUGCAGAGCUAUUAUUGCUUUGAUGGCACAUCCGGAGCCUGAUAGUCCCCUCAAUUGUGAUUCAGGUAAUCUUUUGCGAUCUGGUGAUAUCAGAGGAUACCAAUCAAUGGCUAGAAUGUACACUAGGCUUGCAGCCAUGCCUAAAAAAGGGUGAAUUGAAAUGCAUUUGCUGGUCUUUGCUUUUGUAAUUUUUUCCUUUUCUUUUUGGUAGGCGGCCCUUGCGCUAUCAGUGUUAAGAAAACGUUGUACACAAUGCAUAUCCCUUAUGUCGUGAUCAUAAGUUAAAGAGCAGUUCAAAACAUUUAAUGCCAAAGUUGUAAUUGAUACUUUAGCUUUUUAGAUAGAAAUUGUUAUUCUAUAUUAAUGACUUUUGCCCAUA